AUGGCGGCUUCUCCCUACUUGCUCCGCAUUCUGUCCAAGCCGACAAACGAUGAUGUGGACUCCUGGACCAAAUGGUACAUGUCGGAGGGACUGCCCAACUUGUUGUCGAAGCUCAAUGCUACGCGUGCUACAUUCUACCACGUGUACAACGACUUCAACCUCGCGACCAAGACACCACUUGACGUCAACAAGAGCAAGCUACACAGCGUCCAAUUGACGCACACGGACUUGGAACCACCCGCUGAUAAGACAUGCCUCGCCCUGUGCCAGCUCGACUCCUUCGAUAAUCUGGAGGAGAUAUUCCGUCUCAGCGAUCUGACAAAUGACAAGGCUCACGGCACUGUCUCGGAUCUUCGAGUGUACAAGCUCAUCCAGGAUUUUGACCCGCGCGGCAUUGGCCACACACGUCCGCCAUUUCUUCUGAAUGUGCAGAACGAACCGGCUGACGCGGUUGACUACAAUAAAUUCUACUCUGAGGAGCACCUAGACAUGCUUAACAGAGUUCCUGGGUACCGACGAUCUCAACGGUACCAACUGAUCAAGGGUCACAACGAGCAGACCUCCGAUGCACCGAAAUUCAUGGCUGUACACGAGUGGGAGAGCCUCGAUGCGCUGGACGGACCGGAGAUCCGUGAAGCAGAUGCCAGUCCCAACACUCACCGCGUCUUUGGAAAUGCGAAGAAGGUCAACAUCCGUGGCUUCAAGAGUCUGAAGGCAUUCGGCGAUCUGAAGUAG